AUGCCCACUGAAUCCACAACCAUAAUUUUGGAAGAAAUAAUGAAGGCUCUCACACAACCAAAUAUUGGCAUAGUUGGGAUGUAUGGAUCAAGUAAUGCGAACAGAAAAAAUGCGGUGGACAAAGUCACCAAGAGAGUUGAGAGGGACGGACUGUUUAAUGUGGUUGUGCAGACAAGCGUGACGAAAAAGCCAGAUUUGAAAAGAAUUCAAGGAGAACUUGGGAACCCAUUGGGUCUAUACCUCCUCCAUGAGAAAACUCCAGAGGAAAGAGCUACGCUUUUGUGUGAGAGGAUUAAGACGAAGGACAAGAUCCUUAUCAUCCUUGAUGAUCUUCAAGCUCAAAUCGACUUGGCCGAGAUUGGAAUACCCUUUGGAAAUGAUCACAAGGGUUGUAAAAUCUUGUUAGUAGCUGAGAAUAAAGAGAUGUUGUCCCACAAAAUGAAAACCCAAAAAGAAAUUUCAGUGGACGAGGUAGAGCCGUCAAGUUCUGGUCCAACGAGGAGCCAUCAAGUUCAAACCUGUGGAAUAGUUUUAUGGAUCAAGAGAUGGUGCUGUCCAGUCCACUAA